UGCUGUAAACUCUGUAGCAGAAGAAGAAAGAGGAGGAGCGAGUUAUAACCCAAUUUUAGAGACUUUUUAAACUCUAAUCCUGACAGUGUUGUUCAUCUUUUAAAGGUUAAUUAUCUAACACGGUGUGCGGGUUAUCUGACAACACGUGAGAGAGGUCGGAAUGAUCUGGAGCAGUGAGAGGUUGUGGCGGCCUCAUCAGUAGCUGUCACCACGGCGGGGGACCUUCGGACCUCCGUCUGCAGGGUGGUCAUCUACCUCCAAAGGGACAUGUCCGGGGACAGCUGCCUGCCUCAGCAUCACACGCACUCCUCCCUCUCCACCUCCUCAGCCCCUCCUCUGGCCUGUCCCAAGACCAAGACCUGCAGUUAUCGAGGAGCGGGGGGCCUGGGCAACAAGUAUGUCCGGAUCAACGUCGGUGGGACCCUGUUUUACACCACGCUGCAAGUGCUGACGAGGCAGAACUCCAUGCUGAAAGCCAUGUUCAGUGGAAAGAAGGAAGUGUUCACUGAUAAAGAAGGUUGGAUCCUGAUCGACCGCAGUGGGAAACACUUUGGCAGCAUCCUGUGCUACCUGCGUGACGGCACAGUCGCCGUACCCAAAGGUCGUCAGGCUGUCGAGGAGCUGCUAGCUGAGGCAAAGUAUUACCUCGUCCAGGGCCUGGUGGAGCUUUGUGAAAACACCCUGCAGGGCAAUAAGGAGCAACCCUUGUGUGUUAUACCUGUGAUCACCUCCAGUAAGGAAGAGGAGAGGCUCAUCCAGUCCUCUACCAAGCCUGUGGUGAAGCUGGUGUACAACAGAAGCAAUAACAAGUACUCCUACACCGGUAACUCGGACGACAACCUGUUGAAGAACAUCGAGCUGUUUGACAGGCUGUCUCUCAGCUUCAACGGCCGCGUCCUCUUUAUCAAAGACGUGAUCGGAGACGAGAUCUGCUGCUGGUCCUUUUACGGUCAGGGUCGCAAGCUGGCCGAGGUCUGCUGCACCUCCAUCGUCUACGCCACAGAGAAGAAGCAGACCAAGGUGGAGUUUCCUGAAGCUCGCAUCUAUGAGGAGACUCUGAACACCUUGCUUUACGAGACAAUGCCGCCGCCCGACAACACCUUGCUGGAGGCCACGCGUCGGAGCUACACCAACUGCGGAUCUCACAGCGAGGAAGAGGAGGGGCCCGGAGGAGCUGAGCGCGUCCGCCGAAUCCACGUCAAGAGGUACAGCACGUACGAUGACCGGCCACUGGGACACUGAGACUGAAACCACGAAACCGCUGGACAGAUUUCAGCUUUUCACAUUGAUGAUGAACAUUCAAACAUGAAAUCUGUUGAUGCUCAUACAUUUCUCUUUCAUUACCACUAUCUAAAAGAAGUCCAAACUGUUGGCCUCCGUGUAUUUGCAACUUGACUUUUUACUCUAGAUAGUUGUGUUGUUGUCUGCUCUGUCCAUCAUAAUUUAUGAAUUAUUAUCAGAGGAAUCAGAGCAACUACUUCAAAUAAAUGUAGUUUUUUUUAUUAAAUGUAGAUUAGUAGUGGAGGAAAAAUCACUGAUAUGCACUAUUUCUUAGAAGAAAUAUUGUUACAAUCAUAGCACUUAAGACUCUGAAACAGCAGGAGAGCAUGUUUCAUAUUUAUAGAUUGUAUUUUUCAUAUACACAUUUACAACAGCCUGUUGUUUGCCAAAGAUGAACCUGUUUUAGCUUUUCCAGAAUUAGUGUGCCUCUAACGUGUUUUAAUGCAGUUUACCAUAAUGCCUUUUUUCCAGCUGUGAAGAUAAAAAUACUUGUUGUUCAACUAC